CGCACUGUGGCGGCUGAAAUGGCGCUGUCCUGCAACCUGAACAAGUAUCUUCUGCUGUUGGCGCAGGAGCACCUGGAGUUUCGCCUUCCUGAAAUAAAGUCUUUGCUUUCACUUUUUGGUGGCCACUUCUCCAGCAGUCAGGAAACUUAUGGGAAGUCUCCGUUUUGGAUCCUUAACAUUUCCUCUGAGGAUAUUGCAAGAAACUUAAUGAAGCGGACAGUGUGCGCCAAGUCUAUAUUUGAACUUUGGGGUCAUGGAAAAUCUCCUGAGGAGCUGUACAGUUCUCUUAAAAAUUACCCAGUGGAGAAGAUGAUUCCAUUUCUACAUUCAGACUCUACUUAUAAAAUAAAGAUUCACACAUUUAAUAAAACAUUGACACAAGAAGAAAAAAUCAAGCGAAUAGAUGCACUUGAAUUUCUGCCAUUUGAAGGAAAAGUGGAUUUGAAGAAGCCACAGCAUGUAUUCUCUGUUUUGGAGGAUUAUGGCUUGGAUCCAAACUGUAUCCCUGAGACUCCCCAGAAUAUUUAUUUUGGUAGAUGGAUUGCAGAUGGACAGAGAGAGCUUAUUGAAUCAUACAGUGUCAAAAAGAGACAUUUUAUUGGAAAUACAAGCAUGGAUGCUGGGUUAUCAUUCAUCAUGGCCAAUCAUGGAAAAGUGAAAGAAAAUGAUAUUGUCUUUGAUCCAUUUGUUGGAACAGGUGGCCUCCUGAUAGCAUCUGCUCAUUUUGGUGCAUAUGUGUGUGGGACUGACAUAGACUACAACACAGUUCAUGGUUUGGGAAAGGCUAGUAGGAAAAACCAGAAAUGGAGAGGACCAGAUGAAAACAUUAGAGCAAAUCUUCGUCAGUAUGGCUUAGAGAAAUACUACCUUGAUGUGCUGGUUUCAGAUGCGUCUAAACCUUCCUGGAGGAAGGGCACGUAUUUUGAUGCAAUCAUCACUGAUCCACCAUAUGGUAUCAGAGAAUCUACCAGAAGAACAGGUUCACAGAAGGAAAUACCAAAGGGAAUAGAAAAAUGUCCAGAAAGCCACGUUCCUGUUUCGUUGAGUUACCAUCUCAGUGAUAUGUUUUUUGACCUGUUAAACUUUGCGGCUGAGACCCUCGUAUUAGGUGGAAGACUAGUCUAUUGGUUACCAGUGUAUACACCGGAGUACACAGAAGACAUGGUGCCCUGUCACCCCUGCCUCACACUUAUUAGUAACUGUGAGCAGAAGCUUUCCAGUCACACGUCAAGGCGCUUGAUCACAAUGGAGAAGGUGAAGGAAUAUGAGAUUCAUUAAAAACAGACACACAAAGAGAAGGGAUGCCCUUGUGCCACAGCAUAAGUCACUGCUUACAAAGCUGACGUCCCAUAGGGCUGUCCCAAAUUCUGACUGUUCUGUUUCUGAUCCUCUGAGCUAGCUUCCUGCUCAGGUACCUAGGAAGGCAAGGGAAGCUGGUAUGAGUACUUGGACCUCUGCCACUCAUGCGGUAGUCCAGGAGGGAGUUUCUGGCUUCUUCUGGAUUUGGUUCUGGUUCAGACAUGACUGUUGCAUCGUUUUGGAAGUGAAGCAAUGGACUGAAGUUUCUCUGUCACUGUAUAUUUUAAUUAGUAGGGGCUAAAAAACAAUCAGGAAAAGCUGAAUGUCUGAGUCAUUUUGUGAUGACCUUCAUUUUCUUCUAUGAUGAAAUUUAAUCGGGUUUAACUAGUGUAGAAUUUACUAUAACCAAAAAUUCUUUGUCAGAUUAAUCAUGUAUGGGUUAUAAUUAAUUACUUCAUUUCUACCUUCUGUUUGUGUGGGGAGGAGUUUAUAUAAUUGUAGCAAGAUCCCAGUCUUUUAUAAUACAAGUGAUGACAUAAAAUUGUCAAACAGUUCUCACAGGCGUCUAACAAAUUAUUCACAGGCUUGUGCAGCACUGUUGACUUUGGCAGUGGAAGACUAUUAAUUUUGGAUUUUUACACUUUUACAUACUGUGCCUCUUCGUACUUGAUUUCUCAUUUGUUAGCUUUAACUUCAGUAUAACUCCAGGCCCACCAUAUAAUAUUGUUAUAUUCUCCAUCUCCCCCUUUUAAAUGUAAAACUAGGUUAUAACUAACGUGUCUAGAGAAUAUGGAUAUUUCAUAAGACUUUGUAUCUUUAUGUUUCUGGCUGUAGUUUUUAGACUUGCUUACCUUUGCAUAAGUGCUAAAGAAAAUUGUUGAUUAAUAUGUUAAAAUCAUGAAGAUACCUGAGAGGAAGAGCCACUUUUAUUUCCUGGUGAGGGAUUCUGCGAGCCGAGUGAAAAGUAGCACU